AUGAAGGAUUUGGGGCAGUUGAGGUACUUUCUGGGUAUUGAAGUGAUGCAAUCUAAGGAAGGUAUUUUACUUAACCAGAGGAAAUACACACUACAACUUAUUGCAGAGACAGGUCUUAGUGGAGCUAAACCUACUAGUACACCUCUUGAGUUUAAUCAUAAGCUUACCAGUUUGGAGUUAGAUCAGCAUAUGGGACUUACUUCUAAUCCUGAACUAGAAGAUAUCACUAGUUAUCAAAAAUUAGUGGGAAAAUUGCUAUAUCUCACUAUCACGAGACCAGAUAUUUGUUUUAGAGCUCAAGCAGCCUGUCCCAACACUAGAAGAUCAGUAGCCGGAUAUGUUGUCAAAUUUGGAGAUUCAUUGAUCUCUUGGAAAUCUAAGAAGCAACAAACUGUAAGCAGGAGCUCAGCUGAAGCUGAGUAUAGAAGCAUGGCAGCAGUGUUUCAGAACUUGUGUGGCUUGCACGAUUAUUAA